UCCAGCUUCCAGGUCAACAUGAAGGCUCUCCUCUCUCUUGGGCUCCUCCUGCUUUCUGUCACUGUCCAGGCCAAGGUGUACAAGCAUUGUGAGUUGGUUACACUUCUGAAAAGCCAUGGAAUGGAUGGCUACAGGGGACUCAACAUGACAAACUGGGUGUGUUUGGCUCAGCAUGAGAGUAGCUUAAACACACGGGCUAUAAACUACAACCAUGAGGACCAAAGCACCAACUAUGGGAUAUUUCAGAUCAAUAGCCGAUACUGGUGUAAUGAUGACAAAACCCCGAGAGCAGUGAAUGCCUGUGGGAUCCCCUGCAGUGGUAGGGCACGAACACCACCAUGGAAUGAAACAGCUACAUCUCCAUUCUUAACAAGCCACAAAUUUAAGUACCUUAAAAUAAGUACUUAUUGCUGGACCACCAGAACAUCUCUCAUCAAACUUGUGGAAAAAGAAGGUGAAAUGCAGAAAUCAGAACUGCAGGAACCUCCUCUUUUGCACACAGCUCAAAGAUUGGAGGCCACAGCUGCCAGAGAAAGGAGGAACUUGGAGGCUGCUUAAAUAUCAGGCUUGCCU